AUGAACAGCAAGAACUGGAACGACCGAGCGGACAAGGACCUCUUCUUCACCAUUCUGUCCGUCAAACACAUUGGCGUCAUUAGCGGCGCAGAAUGGACCAUUAUCGGGAAACAUAUGCGCACCCUCGGCUACGGAUUCUCCAAUGAAGGUUGCCGACAACACUUUCAAGGCCUUCGGCGUGCGCAAAACAAGAUCGAGCCGGCCAAUGGCACGAUACCGGGUAGUGGUGCCAGCGGUGCCGCGGCUGCAUCCGCAAAUAGGAUUGAUCCAGCGCUGAAUCCCAUCACACGCCGGCCGGGUGGCCCUGGUCGACGGCGGCCACGGAAGCUGUCCUCGGCAGCCGAGGACUAUGAGGCCAACGGUGAUGACACCUGUGCCGACACGAGACUAAGCUCCCGGGUGGACGACAACACGGCGUCCAUGGUCGCCGCGUUGGCCGAUGUGAAAGCUGACGUGGACGCCGACGACAGCAAGGUCGACCCUGACGGCGAGGGUGAGAUCGACCCUGAUGCCCCGAUUACUGCUGCAACACCCGGUCCGUUGUCUACGGGGAACGGCACUGCAGCCGACUUGAGCUCGGAUCUCCUUGCUGCGGCCGCAGCGAGCGGUCUGCAGCCUCUCUUGGCACAUACACACGGCCACGCUCCUGUCCACCCACCGCGAGGAAUAGGCAAUGGCUCGUCUGCAGACAAUGUGGCUGGACUGGCUGCGAGUGGCGUGAACAGCAUCUACAUGGGCAUCAGGUUCCACAACACCACCAACAACAACAACAACAACAACAAGAACAACAACACUACCACCACCAGCAACAACAGCAGCAGCAACAGCAGCACCUGCAACAUCAACACCAACAUAUUCACCAACACGUACCGCAACAACAUCACAGCCACCAAGCAUUACCACAAGACGUGCUUCCAAACAACGAGCAAAGAACCCCGGGUGUCGACGACGCACCUGCACAAACGGACUUUGCGGAGCUCCUCGCUCAAGAAAAGCUUGCUCAACAGCAGCUCCUCCAGCAGCAACAUAUCCAAACGCAGCAGCUUCACCAGCAGCAUGAACAACAGCUUCGCCAGCUUCAAGACGGCGUACAGCAACGGCCCGUCCUGCCGCAGCAGCCAGCAUCGUCACCGGCAAUUUACUGAGCAACAACAGCAGCAGCAGCAGCAGCAACAACAACAUAACAAUGCAGAACUCGAACUACAUUCGCUCGAAGACGCUGCUGGCGAAGAUGAAGACGUGCCUGGAAUGGGUCCCGUUAGUGUGCCCGGAAGCGCCAGCAUCAACGCCAGCGUCGGUGCCAGUGUCGGCUUGGGCGUGGCGGACAUGGGCACACCAGUCAUGGGUGAACCGGGCAUACCGGCCGAACAUGACGCGGAUGGUGAACAUGAGGACGAUAGCCCACCCGACGACGAACACGACGAACACGAAGCAAAACGACAAAAGCUGGACUCUGAUGCUCAUGACUCGACGCUCGAGGACGAAGCGGUUUUGACCGCGCUGGCUGCACACAACCGUGCCGCUUUUCCAACAGAGUGA